AUGGCGAUGACGCAGGCGCGGCAGUCCAGCGUGCCCGUGAAGGUGGCCUGUGAGACGCCGGGCAAGUCGCGCUACCACGUGUGGCAGGACAAGUUCUUCGAGGUGGACGACAAGUACGUGCCCAUCAAGGCCGUGGGCAAGGGGGCCUACGGCCUGGUGUGCUCCGCCCGGAACCGGGAAACCAGGGAGAGGGUGGCAAUCAAGAAGAUCAGCGGCGCGUUCAGCAACGACGUGGACGCCAAGCGCACGAUGCGCGAGAUAAACCUGCUGCGGCACAUCGAGCACGAGAACGUGAUCGCGAUCCACGACAUCAUGCUGCCCUCGCCCACGCGGCCGCUCGAGGACGUGUACGUGGUGCAGGAGUGCAUGGACACUGACCUGCACCAGAUCAUCAGGUCGUCGCAGCCGCUGUCGGAGGAGCACCUGCAGUACUUCAUUUGGCAGCUGUUGAAGGGUCUCAAGUAUUUGCACUCUGCGAAUAUCAUACACAGGGACUUGAAGCCGUCGAAUUUGCUCCUCAACUCAAAUUGCGAAUUGAAGAUCUGCGAUUUUGGAUUGGCAAGGGCGAUGGGUGCAGGCACCAAGCGUGAAGACAUGACCCUUUAUGUGGUCACACGCUGGUUCCGUGCACCAGAGUUGCUGCUGUCCUGCCACUACACGGCUGCAAUUGAUAUGUGGUCAGUCGGCUGCAUUCUGGCUGAGUUGAUCCGGAGGAAGACACUGUUCCCAGGAAAGACUCCACUGAACCAGUUGGAGAACAUUGUGCGAACACUGGGUCGUCCAACUGAGGAAGAGCUGCAUUUUUUGGAAGACGAGAAAUUGCAGCUUUUCAUCAGAAACAUAAAGAUACCAGAGGACAGAAAAACCCUUAAGGAACUAUGCCCAAAAGCAAGCCCCAAAUCUAUGGACUUUCUGGAAAAGCUGCUGAAGUUCAACCCUGACGAAAGAAUGACAGCAAUGGAAGCAUUGAACCACGAGUGGCUGGAAGUUCAUCAUGAUGAGGCGGCAGAGCCUUCAUGUCCAAACGUGUUCAAGUUCGACUAUGAGGAGGACAACAUGUCGGCUGAUGACCUCCGGAAACUCGUACCCAAAGAGAUGAAGCUUCUGAAGGAGAGGAACGCAGCCAGGAUGGCGACGAAGGCAGCUGCAGCAGCAGCUGCUGCAGCUGCCCACUCCAGAACGUAG